CUCGGUAUGGGUGAAGGCCCCCGGUAUGGGUGAAGAGGAAUCCAGAUUGUGCAGGGAAUGGACGGUUGUGGUGGAGAAGAGGUCUCCUGGUUGUGCAGGGAAUGGGCGCUUGCGGUGGAGAAGAGGUCUCCUGGUUGUGCAGGGAAUGGGCGCUUGCGGUGGAGAAGAGGUCUCCUGGUUGUGCAGGGAAUGAGCGCUUGCGGUGGAGAAGAGGUCUCCUGGUUGUGCAGGGAAUGGAUGGUUGUGGUGGAGAAGGUCUCUGGAUUGUGCAGGGAAUGGACGGUUGCAGGGGAGAAGAGGUCCCCUGGUUGUGCAGGGAAUGGACGGUUGUGGUGGAGAAGAAGUCUCCUGGUUGUGCAGGGAAUGGGCGGUUGUGGUGGAGAAGAGGAAUCCGGAUUGUGCAGGGAAUGGGCGGUUGCGGUGGAGAAGAGGUCUCCUGGUUGUGCAGGGAAUGGGCGGUUGUGGUGGAGAAGAGGAAUCCGGAUUGUGCAGGGAAUGGGCGGUUGCGGUGGAGAAGAGGUCUCCUGGUUGUGCAGGGAAUGAGCGGUUGUGGUGGAGAAGAGGAAUCCGGAUUGUGCAGGGAAUGGGCGGUUGCGGUGGAGAAGAGGUCUCCUGGUUGUGCAGGGAAUGGGCGGUUGUGGUGGAGAAGAGGAAUCCGGAUUGUGCAGGGAAUGGGCGGUUGCGGUGGAGAAGAGGUCUCCUGGUUGUGCAGGGAAUGAGCGCUUGCGGUGGAGAAGAGGUCUCCUGGUUGUGCAGGGAAUGGAUGGUUGUGGUGGAGAAGGUCUCUGGAUUGUGCAGGGAAUGGACGGUUGCAGGGGAGAAGAGGUCCCCUGGUUGUGCAGGGAAUGGACGGUUGUGGUGGAGAAGAAGUCUCCUGGUUGUGCAGGGAAUGGGCGGUUGUGGUGGAGAAGAGGAAUCCGGAUUGUGCAGGGAAUGGGCGGUUGCGGUGGAGAAGAGGUCUCCUGGUUGUGCAGGGAAUGGGCGGUUGUGGUGGAGAAGAGGAAUCCGGAUUGUGCAGGGAAUGGGCGGUUGCGGUGGAGAAGAGGUCUCCUGGUUGUGCAGGGAAUGGGCGGUUGUGGUGGAGAAGAGGAAUCCGGAUUGUGCAGGGAAUGGACGGUUGCGGUGGAGAAGAGGUCUCCUGGUUGUGCAGGGAAUGGACGGUUGCGGUGGAGAAGAGGUCUCCUGGUUGUGCAGGGAAUGGACGGUUGCGGUGGAGAAGAGGUCUCCUGGUUGUGCAGGGAAUGGACGGUUGCGGUGGAGAAGAGGUCUCUGGAUUGUGCAGGGAAUGGACGGUUGCGGUGGAGAAGAGGUCCCCUGGUUCUGCAGGGAAUCGACGGUUGCGGUGGAGAAGAGGUCUCUGGAUUGUGCAGGGAAUGGACGGUUGCGGUGGAGAAGAGGUCUCUGGAUUGUGCAGGGAAACGACGGUUGCGGUGGAGAAGAGGUCUCCUGGUUGUGCAGGGAAUGGAUGGUUGCGGUGGAGAAGAGGUCUCUGGAUUGUGCCGGGAAUGGACGGUUGCGGUGGAGAAGAGGUCUCCUGGUUGUGCAGGGAAUGGGCGCUUGCGGUGGAGAAGAGGUCUCCUGGUUGUGCAGGGAAUGGACGGUUGCGGUGCAGAAGAGGUCUCCUGGUUGUGCAGGGAAUGGACGGUUGCGGUGGAGAAGAGGUCUCCUGGUUGUGCAGGGAAUGGACGGUUGCGGUGGAGAAGAGGUCUCCUGGUUGUGCAGGGAAUGGACGGUUGCGGUGGAGAAGAGGUCUCUGGAUUGUGCAGGGAAUGGACGGUUGCGGUGGAGAAGAGGUCCCCUGGUUCUGCAGGGAAUCGACGGUUGCGGUGGAGAAGAGGUCUCUGGAUUGUGCAGGGAAUGGACGGUUGCGGUGGAGAAGAGGUCUCUGGAUUGCGCAGGGAAACGACGGUUGCGGUGGAGAAGAGGUCUCCUGGUUGUGCAGGGAAUGGAUGGUUGCGGUGGAGAAGAGGUCUCUGGAUUGUGCCGGGAAUGGACGGUUGCGGUGGAGAAGAGGUCUCCUGGUUGUGCAGGGAAUGGGCGCUUGCGGUGGAGAAGAGGUCUCCUGGUUGUGCAGGGAAUGGGCGGUUGCGGGGGAGAAGAGGUCCCCUGGUUCUGCAGGGAAUGGACGGUUGCGGUGGAAAAGAGGUCUCCUGGUUGUGCAGGGAAUGGGCGCUUGCGGUGGAGAAGAGGUCUCCUGGUUGUGCAGGGAAUGGGCGCUUGCGGUGGAGAAGAGGUCUCCUGGUUGUGCAGGGAAUGGGCGCUUGCGGUGGAGAAGAGGUCUCCUGGUUGUGCAGGGAAUGGAUGGUUGUGGUGGAGAAGAGGUCUCCUGGUUGUGCAGGGAAUGGACGGUUGCGGUGGAGAAGAGGUCUCCUGGUUGUGCAGGGAAUGGACGGUUGCGGUGGAGAAGAGGUCUCCUGGUUGUGCAGGGAAUGGACGGUUGCGGUGGAGAAGAGGUCUCCUGGUUGUGCAGGGAAUGGACGGUUGCGGUGGAGAAGAGGUCUCUGGAUUGUGCAGGGAAUGGACAGUUGCGGUGGAGAAGAGGUCCCCUGGUUCUGCAGGGAAUGGACGGUUGCGGUGGAGAAGAGGUCUCUGGAUUGUGCAGGGAAUGGACGGUUGCGGUGGAGAAGAGGUCUCUGGAUUGCGCAGGGAAACGACGGUUGCGGUGGAGAAGAGGUCUCCUGGUUGUGCAAGGAAUGGAUGGUUGCGGUGGAGAACAGGUCUCUUGAUUGUGCCGGGAAUGGACGGUUGCGGUGGAGAAGAGGUCUCCUGGUUGUGCAGGGAAUGGGCGCUUGCGGUGGAGAAGAGGUCUCCUGGUUGUGCAGGGAAUGGACGGUUGCGGUGGAGAAGAGGUCCCCUGGUUCUGCAGGGAAUGGACGGUUGCGGUGGAGAAGAGGUCUCCUGGUUGUGCAGGGAAUGGGCGCUUGCGGUGGAGAAGAGGUCCCCUGGUUGUGCAGGGAAUGGGCGCUUGCGGUGGAGAAGAGGUCUCUGGAUUGUGCAGGGAAUGGACGGUUGCAGGGGAGAAGAGGUCCCCUGGUUGUGCAGGGAAUGGACGGUUGCAGGGGAGAAGAGGUCUCCUGGUUGUGCAGGGAAUGGACGGUUGCGGUGCAGAAGAGGUCUCCUGGUUGUGCAGGGAAUGGACGGUUGCGGUGCAGAAGAGGUCUCCUGGUUGUGCAGGGAAUGGGCGGUUGCGGGGGAGAAGAGGUCUCCUGGUUGUGCAGGGAAUGGGCGCUUGCGGUGGAGAAGAGGUCUCCUGGUUGUGCAGGGAAUGGACGGUUGCGGUGGAGAAGAGGUCUCUGGAUUGUGCCUGGAAUGGGCGGUUGCGGGGGAGAAGAGGUCUCUGGAUUGUGCAGGGAAUGGGCGGUUGCGGUGGAGAAGAGGUCUCCUGGUUGUGCAGGGAAUGGGAGGUUGUGGUGGAGAAGAGGUCUCCUGGUUGUGCAGGGAAUGGCCCCUUGUGGUGGAGAAGCGGUCUCCUGGUUGUGCAGGGAAUGGACCCUUGCGGUGGAGAAGAGGUCUCCUGGUUGUGCAGGGAAUGGACGGUUGUGGUGGAGAAGAGGUCUCUGGAUUGUGCAGGGAAUGGAUGGAGAAGAGUGACCCGGCUGUAGCUCUCGUGUGACUUGCUGAUGCCUGGAAUGGGUUAAUCUGCUCUGGUCUUUGUGCUGCAGUGACCGGUGUGCACCAGCAGGGGGAGGCAGAGCUGAUGUAAUCCAGGCUGUAAUGUGAUUUAUGGUUACACAGCUUCUCAUUACAUCCAGGACAGGUCCUCUUCAUCACCCACUAACAUCACAUUAACCCUUUGUGGGCAGCACUCUGAAGUUACUGGACCAAUCAGACUCCACCGGGAAGUGGACCGAUGACUGGCAGCUGGGAAGCAGAACGUAUCCUGCCGGUAAUAUCAGCCGGGUGCUGCAUAGUGAUGAAGGUGAGGGGGCAUCCUACCACUGUACUGCC